CCAAAGUGCACUGCGGUCUCUCCUUCCUUCCUCUCUCCGCCAUAUUGCAGAACUGGCAUAAUGGUGCGCAUGAACGUUCUCGCCGAUGCGCUGAAAAGCAUCAACAAUGCAGAGAAACGUGGGAAACGGCAGGUUCUGAUCCGGCCCUGCUCCAAGGUGAUAGUGCGUUUCCUAACGGUCAUGAUGAAGCACGGCUACAUUGGUGAGUUUGAGAUCAUCGACGAUCACAGAGCUGGGAAGAUUGUUGUCAACCUCACAGGCAGGCUGAACAAGUGUGGUGUCAUCAGCCCCAGGUUCGAUGUCCAGCUCAAGGAUUUGGAGAAGUGGCAGAACAACCUCUUGCCUUCUCGACAGUUCGGGUACAUUGUGUUGACCACCUCCGCUGGCAUCAUGGACCACGAGGAGGCCAGGAGGAAACACACAGGAGGAAAGAUCCUCGGCUUCUUUUUCUGAACAUGUGAAAAUGCGCAAAUAAACCAAUUUCCACUGGA